UGGCUGGGGUGGAACCAGGCGGGGCAGGUGUCACGUGACCACGCCCAGGCUAGCGAUGCGCCCUGUCAUGGCGGCGCCCAGCCGGGCCGCGGCUUCCUCUCCCGGGUGGCCGCUGCUGCUGCUGCCGCCGCUCCUCUGCUUGGCCCUCCUCGGGCCGGACCCGCUGCAGGCCGGGGGCGCGGGGGCGGGCCCGGGGGCGCCGGGCAGGCGAGGCGUGCCGCCGACCGGCCCUGGUCCGGCUCCCUCCUUGCAGGUCUGCGGCGGCGCCUGCUGCGCGGGCGGGGUGCGGGCGAGCUCCGCGGUGGCCGCCCUCUGCGGCUCCCGGGGGGGCGCCAGGCUGCAGGGCCGCUGCUGUCUGGACGGGGCGCUGGAGCGGGAGGAGGCCGCCGCCGCCGUCGUCGUCGUCGGACUGGACCUGUGGAACUGCUCGCUGCGUGAGCUCUGUCCCGGCUUCCGGGAGGCUCGCACUGCUGUCCUCAUCGACCUGACGGACAACCCGUUGGCCCAUCUCCCGGAGGACACGUUCCGGGGAUUCACCCAGCUGCAGACCCUGCUUUUGCCCCCAGAGCUGGGCUGUCCUGGAGGCGGAGCCGCGUGGGACGCCGACACCAUCCGUGGGAGCAGCCGGACCUGCCAAGGCCAGCAGAGCCCCUGCAACGGCUCAGAGGGCCCCGCUGAGCUGUGCCCAGAGGCCUCCCUUUGUGCCCCUGACGGGCCCGGCCUGCCCCAGCAGUGCCUCUGUGCCAAUCCGUUCCACGGCUACAAGUGUCUGCGCCAGGGCUCCUUCCCAUACCUGCUGUUCUACGGAAGCCUGGGAGGCGCCACGGCUGCCCUCUCCACCCUGCUCUGGGCAACCCAGCGGCGCAAGGCCAAGUCCUCGUAGUGGCCUCUCCAGCCUCCUGGCCCGCCACUUUCCCUGCCUGCUGCUCCACCCGUGGCUGCACCUUUCGUGGCCGGUGGCCUCACCGUGGGGCUGCUGGCCCUCCGUGCUCCAUGGCCAGCCCUUGCACUGGCUGCUGCUGCUUGCUGGGGGAUGGAGCACAAGGACCUCUUGCUUGUUCACCGAGGGUGUCUCCCUGGGAGGAAGAGGCGCUGGACGGAGCGGGGGGAGGGGCCACUGUCUUGCCCCGCCCCUUGGCUGUUUGUCUCUGGAUUGUGCAUUGACUUGGCAAUAAAGUGACCUCCGCUGGGC